CAUGGAUGACUCAUGGAAAUUUCAUAUCAAGCUAGCCGUGUCCAGGGGCUCUACCCCUCAAAAAAAGCAUUGCUCGCGAUGACACGACUCGCAAAAUUGUGGACCGUGCCAAGCCCAUGAGAUGUGUUGACUGUGUUGAGGGUCUUUGGAUUCGGCCUGUAAGACAGUCAAGCAACUGAGAGACCUAGGGUCUUGUGAUGUCCUUGGCUAACAUGCCCUCAAGUCCUGCUUUUUGACAGGUCAUGGUAUGGUUGACCCUGUGAGCACGAGGAACCGCAUUAACACAAUAAUUCUAGUGGUCGUUAACACAAUAACACAAUAUCAAAAACCUAAUAAAAUUUACAGCAUGGAAAUUGUUACUUCAUCUGUUAGUUCAAUUUCUGAAAUUAUUUUCAGCCGCUUGUUCGAUGCAGCAGGCCGCCAGAUUGGCUACCUGCUUAACUACAAUGACAACAUCGAAGCAUUACGAAAUCAAGCUCAGCAACUCAAGGCUACCAGAGACAGCAUGCAAUUGAAAAUUGAUGCUGCUGAAAGAAACAGAGGAAUUAUCUUACCUGAUGUCCAAACCUGGAUAUCUAAAGUUGAUGAUGUCUCUGCAGAAGCAGAAAAGUUUUUUGAAGAUGAAGGCAACGUGAACAAGAUGUGCUUCAAAGGGUGGUGCAUUAAUGUCCGAUCACGUUACCGGUUCAGCAAGGUGGCAAAGCAGAAGAUAACGGUGAUCACUCAGCUCCAAGAAGGUGGAACAUUUCAAGCUAUAUCUCAGCCUGCUCUUCCCCCUUCAAGCAUUAUCGUUCCAACUGUUGGAUUUUCUGGAAUUUUUGAAUCCAGAGAAUCAAUCAAGAAUGAAAUUAUGGAGGCCUUGAAAGAUGACAAGGUCAGCAUAAUUGGAAUUUGUGGGAUGGGGGGUGUGGGUAAAACCACUCUGGUGAAACAAGUUGGCAAACAAGCUGAGGAAGAGAAGUUGUAUGAUUCAGUAGUUUUUGUAGUUGUGUCUCAAACCCCAAAUAUCAUGGAAAUUCAAAAAGCAAUUGCUUACAAGCUAGAUCUGAAAUCAUUGUCGGAUAUUCCUGAAUCAGCACGAGCAAGUUCCUUGUGGCAGAGAAUUAAGCAGGAGAAACGAAUUCUCAUGAUAUUGGAUGAUGUUUGGGGAGAAAUUGAAUUGGCCGAGAUUGGUAUUCCUUUUGGGAAGGAUCACGGAGGUUGUAAGAUUGUGCUUACCUCUCGAAGUGAAAAUGUGUGCGAUGAAAUGGAUUGUGACAAAACAUAUAUAGUCAAAACUUUAUCAGAACAGGAAUCGUGGGAGCUAUUCAAGGAGCACGUUGGAAUGGAUGUUGAAAAUUCUAUCAGAAGCUCAAUCGCAAAAGAUGUAGUUGCUGAAUGUAAUGGCUUGCCACUUGCAAUUGUGACAAUAGCAAAGACAUUAAAGAACAAAAAUGAGCAUGUGUGGAAAGAUGUAGCACGACAACUAAAAAUGUCUGCUUAUACAGAUAUCCCAGGGAUGCAAAGAAGUGUGAUUUCAUCUUUAGAGUUGAGCAUCAAAUAUCUAGAAAGCGAUGAUGCAAAAUCAUUGUUCUUCUUUUGUAGCGUGUUUUCAGAGGAUUUUGAAAUCCCAAUUGAAGUUUUAGUUACAUAUGGAGUGGCUUUGAGGUGGUUCAAAAAUGUUGAGACAAUGAAGGAUGUUAGGCACAGAGUUCACGCUAUUGUAAGUACGUUGACCUCUUCUUUUCUCUUGAUUUAUGGAAAACAUCGGUACAAUAUGGAAGAGUAUGUAAAAUUGCAUGAUGUUGUACGUGAUGUUGCACAUAUAAUAGCACCUAAGUACAAUCAAAUAUUCUUGGUCAAAGCUGGCACUGGUCUAAAAAAGUGGCCAAACAGAGAUACAUAUGAAGAUCUCACAUGUAUCUCAUUAAUGUCAAAUGAUAUUAAAGAAGUGUCAGAUAUGAUGGAAUGCCCAAAGUUACAAUCUUUACUGUUGCAGGGAAAUUCUAAAAUGGUUUUCCCUAACAAUUUUUUUCAAGGCAUGAAAGAUCUUAGAGUUUUAGACUUGAGUAAAACUCAAUUAUUGCCACUACCAGAGUCACUUUCUUUGCUGGCAAAUCUUAGAACAUUGUAUCUUAAUGGUUGCGAGUUAGGCGACCUAUCUAUUAUCGGGCAACUAAGUAAACUAGAAAUUUUUAGCCUUAAUGAUUCUAAUGUUAGGGAGAUCCCAAUAUCUUUCAGUCAAUUAAUUCAUUUGAGGUUAUUAGAUUUGAACGGUUGUGAAGAGCUUGCACGAAUAGCACAUGGUGUCAUAUCUUCUCUGUGUAAAUUGGAGGAGUUGUAUGUUUUAAAAAGUUUUGAGCAUUGGGAUUCUGAAGGAGAUGAGGGGGGUUUGAGAAACAAUGCAAAGCUUGCUGAGUUACAAUCUUUGUCUAGAUUGACUAGCUUGAAAAUUAUUAUCCCAAACUUGAAUUUCUUAAUUGAUAAUGAUGUGCCGUUCAAAAACUUAUCAAACUUUGCAAUAAUAAUAGGUGGUGUAGGACGUUUUGAAAAGGUCAACUUCAUGAUUGGUUCAAAAGAAUAUUCAAGAAAAUUGUUGAUGUCAAAUGAUGAUAAGGUUAUGAUUUCAGGAUUGAUUAAUUGCCUAAAGAAUUUGGUAAUUGAACAAACGGAAUAUUUAGAAGUAGGCUGGUGUAAAUCAAUGGUAUAUGUAUUUGAUUGUGAAGUGCUUAAGGUGACAUAUGGAAAAACAAAGUUGCUUUCGUCAUUAAAGGAACUAUAUUUGAAAUAUCUGCCAAACAUGACACAUAUAUGGAAAGGUGAAACUCAAUACAUAAACCUUUGCAACUUGAAGAGAAUAAAAUUAUGGAUGUGCCCAAAGUUAGUUAAGAUAUUUUCACAAGAUUUGUUGCAGAGUCUAAUUUGUUUGGAAGAAAUGGAGAUAUGUAGUUGUGACAAUUUAGAGGAGAUUUUCAUAAUGAGAGAAGAAGAGGAAAUAAUACCACCAAGGAAAGAUCUCACCACAACCUCCCCAAGUUUGGGAAACUUAACUUCUAUAUAUAUUUUUAGUUGCAAUAAAUUAAAAAGCCUCUUCACCCCCUCCAUAGUCAAAAGCCUUGUGAAGCUCUGGAAACUUAAAAUAUAUGAUUGCUCAGCAUUGGAAGAAAUAGUCACAAAUGAGGAAGUAUCAUCAUCAUUAGCAAAGAAGAUUGUUUUUCCUAGUUUGUCCGAAUUGAAGCUUGUACAGCUAAGUAGCAUUGGUUGUUUUAGCUCAAGCUCAUAUUCUAUUGAAUUUCCUGUUUUGGAGAAACUUAUGAUAAUAAAAUGUCCAAAUAUGAAGAUUUUUGGUUAUGGAGAACAACUGACACCAAAGCUCAACAAAGUUAUGAUGAGUUCUACCAGAGCACGAUGGUUGGGUAACCUGAACUCCACAGUUGAGCAAUUGUUCAUAGAAGAACAAGAGAAAAUCGCAAGGGAACAACUAAAUGAAGAAGAAGAAAAAGAAGAAGAAGAAGAAAAAGUGAACACCUAACUGAGACAAUGACAAGAUUGAUGGAAAGCUAGUAGCGAGACAUGUUUCAUAAGCUCGUUUAAUCAAGGCGAAGGAAGAUCUUCCUGUUAAAAUCAACGGCCUUAGGCUUCCCGUCGAUACCAUCUGCCGCAACCCUAAAGGCUUUGAGUUCGACAAAGAAGUGUGCUCAUGGCAGUGAAAAUGCAGGGGAGUACAGGGCAUGGAAUUGUAGCAGAAAAGGAAAAGCAGACAAGCUGAAGAGGUUUUAGGUGGGCAAUUUCAGUGUGGCAAGGUUGCAUGCUGAUGGAAACUUAGCAGAUGAGACACUUGUCAUAUGCUCGUUUAAUUAAGGGGAAAACAAGCUUGAAAACAGAAGAAAUAAUCAUGAACAAGAAAGGAGGAAAGGCGGAUGUUUGCAUCAACAGAGAGGAUGGUGUUCCUAGCUUAAAUAAGAUCAAACUCACUUUGUUUCAGAAGAGGAUUUACCCACAGUUCUCUAUUUCUACAACUGGGUUAAGAAUCUGUCUGCUGGAGAGAAUAUAUUAGGUAGGAUGCAUAUAUAUCAAGGCUGCCUGUUUCUAUCAUUUGGGCCCUAGUAUCAACAAUUGGAUGACGUGAUUCAGAAAGCGUUGGAGAAAUUACCUAAGCCUGAUGAGGUAAUGAAAUUCUUUAGUGCCCAUGAAGCACCAGUCAGCUAUGUGGAGAAUGCUAGUGAUCCAUAAGACCAGAUGGAGGAGUGCAGAACUUGAAAAGCUGUGGAUUUGGCAAAAAUCAUACUUUGACAUGCUAGGUUGGGCGCUUACACCAAUGGUUGAAGCUCGACAAUGUUGAAGUUCUCAUUGAGCUCGACUAGAAAGGUGUUAAGAGUCUUCUUGUAUUUCCAGUCAGCUUUGUGAGUAAGCACAUAAAAACAUUUGAAAAGAUUGACAUGGAGUACAGGGAGUUGCCUCUUGAAUGCGGCAUUCAAAACUGGGGAUAUGUACCAGUUUUAUAUACACUUAAGAUUUAUAGAUGUCCGAUAAUGAAGACCUUUGGUUAUGGAGAACAACUAACACCAAAGCUCAACAAUGUUGUGAUACAUCCAUUGAUUAAGAUAGGAGGACAAUGGAUCCAUAACCUUAACCCUACUGUACAAAGAUUUGUUCAGGCCAAGGAAGAUCUUCCCGUUAAAAUCAACGGCAUUAGGCUCCCUAUCAAUACCAUUUUCCACAGCCCUAACACCUUGAGUUCGACAAAGAAGUGUGCUCAUGGCAGUGGGGAAUGCAGAGCAUGGAAUUGUAGCAGGAAAAGAAAAGCAGAUAAGGUGGGCAGUUUCAGAUUGGCAAGGUUGCACGCCGAUAGAAACUUAGCAGAGGACGCACUUGUGCUUGUUUAUGUAGGGAAGAUGCAUAUAUAUCAAGGCUGCCUGUAUCUAUCAUACGGUCCUGGUAUCAGCAAGAAGGUUACAUGAAGUCUAUGGCUGAAUUUAUUAAGAAAGAGUUAGAGAAGUUCUCUAAGCUUGAUGAGAAACCAGAUGAGGAGUGCAGAAAGUUGAAAAGCCAAGGAUUUGGUGACGAUCAUACUCUGGCAUACCAGUUUUAUGAGUGAGCACAUUGAAACACUUGAAGAGAUUGACAUGAAGGCUCUUGAAUCCGGCAUUCAAAACUGGGGACAUGUACCCGCCCUCAACUGCAUGUCUUCCUUCAUCACUGAUCUGGCAGAUGUAGUACUAGAAGCCUUACUUUCAGCAACCGCUAUAUCUUCCUCAAGGAACAUCUCCAAUGAAGAUGACAAUGACUUUGUGAGAUAUGCUAUCAAAAUGUUCUUCAGUUCUAUAUUAGCAUUCUGUUUGCUUCUGUUGCAAAAAAAUGAUACUUGCAUUCAAGAAUAAUCUCCUUUAAAGGCGAUUUAGAGUAGUAUGACACCAGAUUUUCAAAAAAGUAGAAUAGCAGCUGAGUAUCAUAUGAACUGGUGAUUUCAUAGUUUGAUCAAAAUGGCAUGACAUGCCAGGGAUUUUGUUUGCUGCUGUACAUGAAAAUGGGGAGCUUUUAUGCAGUGA